UCAGCUGGGGCCUCCAAGUUAUUUCUGGUGUGGUGGCCACACUGUGGUCGCAGCAGCCAGUUCACUGUGUGGGGCCGGGCAGGGCUGUAUUAUCACUCGGCUCUCCAGCUCUCUCGCACUCCAGAGCGCACUGGACCACAGUCCUCUCGCCAUGGGCGCAGGGCCAUGUGGGGCGCUGGGCCUGCUGCUCUUGCUGCAGCCACUGUGGAGCCGGCCAGCCUCGGGCUGCCCGGCGCCGUGUCGCUGCGCGGGGACGCGUGUGGACUGCGGGCGCAGCGGGCUGACCUGGGCCUUGCUGCCAGCCGCCUUCCCGCCUGGCACCACCGAACUGGUGCUCACGGGCAACAACCUCACUGCGCUGCCACCAGGGCUGCUGGAUGUGCUGCCCUCGCUGCGCACCGCGUACCUGAGCGCCAACCCCUGGCGCUGCGAUUGCCGCCUCCUGCCGCUGCGCGCCUGGCUGGCCGGCCGGCCGGAGCGCACGCCGUACCGCGACCUGCGCUGUGCCGCGCCGCCGGCGCUGCGGGGUCGCCUGCUGCUCUACCUGGCGGAGGAAGAGCUACGCGCCGCCUGCGCGCCCGGCGCGCUCUGCCGUGGGGCGCUCGUGGCCCAGCUGGCGCUGCUGUUCCUGGGGCUGCUGCAUGCGCUGCUGCUGGUGCUGCUGCUGUCCCGUCUGCGGAGGCUGCGCACCCGCGCCCGCGCCCAAGCCCUGGCCGACCUGUCGCUGAGCGCCCAGCUGGUGGACGAAGGAGCCAGUGGAAGCGCGUCCUGAGCCAGCCAGCCGGCAAAUUCCUUGGGACCCUGCCCAACUCUCAUCCUGGGCACCUAUGCAAUCCCAGAGACACCACCUCCUGUCUGCAGGCAGGGAUUCACUGGCCAGACACUACUGACCUCCCCAUUUUUGGCAAAACCAGCUGAAGCCUUCCAGGUCUGGGGAGGUGAGGGCGCAACUACAGAGUCCACCCCACCCCCACUCCCUCUUCAGUGUGAAUAAAAUCUUAUUAGUAGUCGUAGA